CAUUCUCCUUAACCUAGCUUUCAGCAAAUUCUUCACUAUAGUGCAGGUUUUCGAAUGGCAAAUUUGAGGGUGGUUCUCACAACAAGAGCUGUUACUCGUUAUGGGAUUGCCUCAGGCAGGGUCAGUGCGUCCAAUCGGCACUUUGUUGAAGAAAUGCCCAGGAUUCCACCAGAACAGAAGUCAAGACCGUUUCUGGCUAGGGAUAUGCAGGGGCGCCGCAUUUAUCACCUUGAGUACAAGAGGAGGAUGGUGGGGCUCCGUCGGAAGCAAACAAUUACUGGUUUAAGACGCUUCUUUCGAGAGCAUGGUUUGCAACCUGGGGAUCGAAUUACUUUGUACAAGGAGGAGGGCAAUGAGAUGAUAUUGAUGGGACAACUGAUCUCUCCACUCUAUGUGAUCCACUUUGAGAGGGUUAACGAAGUUGCAGCCGGUGAAGAUCCCGCUCCGUUGCAGGCUGGUGAUCAUCAUGCUCCUUGAGGAUUAACGAAGGUGUUUUCGGGUAGAUGCUUUUUUUUUUUUUCUUUUUCUUUUUUGGUUUUUUUCACGUCUUUCUGUUGUGGUUUUUCAAUAAAUGUAAAUUCUCUAGCCUAAGACGCUUCUUUCAAGAGCAUGGUUUGCAACCGGGGGAUCUAAUUACUGUGUACAAGGAGGAGGGCAAUGAGGUGAUCUUGAUGGGAAAACUCAUCUCUCCACUCCAUGUGAUCCACUUUGAGAGGGUUAACGAAGUUGCAGGCCGCUGAGGAUCAUGCUCUUUGAGAAAGCUGAAUCAGUCUGUUAAAAGAUCAAGGUGUUUUCUGUUAGUCUUCUUCUUCUUCCUUUUUUUUUUUUGUCUUUUUCAUGUCUUGCAGUAGUGUCUUUUUUGCUGUUUGUUUGUAGUGAUUUUCCACUAAUGUAAUACUCUGGUCUGGUCCGGUCAGAUACGACCUGUUUGUAUUUAGUAAAUAUAGAAAUUCGAU